AUGCCAGGGAGGACCUGGAAGCUGUGCCUGCUACUGCUGCUGGGGCUGGGACUGGGGUCCCAGGAGGCCCUACCCCCACCCUGUGAGAGUGAGAUUUAGUGCCACGGGGAGCUCUUACACCAAGUUCAAAUGGCCAAGCUCUACCAGGAUGACAAGCAGUUUGUGGACAUGCCUCUGUCUAUAGCUCCAGAACAAGUCCUGCAGAUCUUCACUGAGUUGGCCAGGGACCACAAUCACAGCAUCCCCAGGGAGCAGCUGCAGGUGUUUGUCCAGGAACUCUUCCAGGCCAAGGGGCAGGAGCUGCAGCCCUGGACCCCUGCAGACUGGAAAGACAGCCCCCAGUUCCUGCAGAAGAUUUCAGAUGCCAAACUACGUGUCUGGGCAGGGCAGCUGCACCAGCUCUGGAAGAAGCUGGGGAAGAAGAUGAAGCCAGAGGUUCUCAGCCACCCUGAACGGUUCUCUCUCAUCUACUCAGAACAUCCCUUCAUUGUGCCUCGCGGUCGCUUUGUUGAGUUCUACUACUGGGACUCCUACUGGGUCAUGGAGGGUCUGCUCCUCUCAGAGAUGGCUGAGACGGUGAAGGGCAUGCUGCAGAACUUCUUGGACCUGGUGAAAACCUAUGGGCAUGUCCCCAAUGGCGGGCGUGUAUACUACCUGCAGCGGAGCCAGCCCCCACUCUUGACCCUCAUGAUGGAUUGCUACCUGACUCCCACCAACGACACCACCUUCCUACAGGAGAAUAUUGAGAUGCUAGCCUUGGAAUUGGACUUUUGGACCAAGAAUACGACUGUCUCUGUGAGCUUGGAGGGAAAGAACUACCUCCUGAAUCGCUAUUAUGUCCCUUACGGGGGACCCAGGCCUGAGUCCUACAACAAAGACGCGGAGUUGGCUGACACCUUGCCGGAAGGAGACCGGGACCCUCUGUGGGGUGAGCUCAAGGCUGGGGCCAAGUCUGGCUGGGACUUCUCUUCACACUGGCUCAUCGGAGGCCCAAACCCCAAUUCGCUUAGUGGCAUCCGAACCAGCAAACUGGUGCCUCUUGACCUGAAUGCCUUCCUAUGCCAAGCAGAGGAGCUGAUGAGCAAAUUCUAUUCCAGGCUGGGGAACGACUCCCAGGCCACAAAGUAUAGAACUCUGCGGGCACAGCGCUUGGCCGCCCUGAAUGCAGUCCUGUGGGAUGAGGAGACCGGUGCCUGGUUCGACUACGACCUUUAGAACAAGAAGAAGAACCAGGAGUUUUACCCAUCCAACCUCGCUCCACUCUGGGCCGGGUGUUUCUCUGACCCUGGUGUGCCAGACAAGGCUCUAAAAUACCUGGAGGACAGCCAGAUCCUGACUUACCAGUAUGGAAUCCCGACCUCUCUCCUGAAGACAGGCCAGCAGUGGGAUUUCCCCAAUGCCUGGGCCCCCCUGCAGGACCUGGUCAUCAGAGGGUGCAGCCUCUGCUCUGUCUGGGAUGGGAGACCUGGAGGUUGAGUCCUGCCUGCGAUGGGGUCUAGAAGGGCCAAGGCACCUUUACCUCGGGCCCAGGAAGUGGCUUUCCAGCUGGCUCAGAAUUGGAUCCGAACCAACUUUGAUGUCUACUCGCAAAAGUCAGCCAUGUAUGAGAAGUAUGACAUCAGCAACGGUGGACAGCCUGGUGGGGGAGGAGAGUAUGAAGUUCAGGAGAGCUUUGGCUGGACGAAUGGCGUGGUCCUGAUGCUGCUGGACCGCUAUGGUGACCGGCUGACCUCAGGGGCCCAGCUGGCUUUCCUGGAGCCCCACUGCCUGGCGGCCACCCUUCUACCCAGCCUCCUGUACAGCCUCCUGUCACGGUGACAGCCCUCCCCUCCUCCCCUGGCCCCAGCUCCUGUCCCAUUAAACCUCUGUACCAGU